AUGGAUUAAGGGAAUCAAUAAAAUCUCAAUUAAACGCCUUAUGAUGCCGCUUCCUAUCAAACUAACCUUCACUAGGCCUAGUUCUCAUAGCACAUGGUCUAGUUUGAUCAAUAGAAGUAAUAAUAGCUCUAAAGUACCGAUUACCCGAGUUAAUUUGGAGGCUAAAUAGCACAAUAGGAUCAUGUAAUGUCAGUUUAAUAUCAAUCUCAGCCCAUUGAUGACAAAUAAAAUCCGGGUGUAGUUUACAAUCACUCUCAAGUCUCUGCUAAUAUGCAAGGCUUCUACUAGGCACCUAUGUAUUAAGCAGAAUUGUCUGAUUAAUUUAGGUAACAGUAGGAAGUCCCAGGAUAUCAAUAAUAGGUUAUCUAUCAGAUGGAUCAUAGUCAGCAUAACUAAAUUCUUGGUAAUCAGCAAUUUGCACUGUAAAAUCAAGUAGCCCUAGAAUAAGCCUCCUAAAAUAUAUAGCCACCUUCAAUUAACGCCACUCCUUCAUUUGGAUAGCAGCAGUAUAAUUAGUUCUAACAGUAGCCUAGAGUUUUGACUCAGCAAAUCCCUCAGUAAAUUCCGCAAUAAUAAAAUGAAGUACCGCAAACUACUCAUAACUAAAUGAAUAAUUAAAUCCCAUCUGGCUAAUUAUAAUAGCAUACUACCUAAAUUAAGGUAGAGGAAGAAAGAGGUCUGAAUGGCAGAGCAAAUUAUCAUGAGUCAUCACCAAGAUUGCAAAAUAACCAAGGAUAUUCCUAGAGUCAAUUACAACAGCAGUAAAUAAAUAAUAGAGCACCAGUUCAGUAGCAACAUGUGUAAUAGUAAUAAUCUCCUUACAUGCAAUAAAUGAACAGACCACCUUAAAAUUCACAAUCGGGAUAUUAGCAGGCUGGAUCUAAUUUCCAAAGACCUUAGACUCUGGGUUCUCAGAUGAAUUAAUCAUCAGGACAAAAUCAGUAAAUUCAAAACUUCGUGAAGUUACUGAUUGAACUAGUGAAAAAAGGUGAAAUAGAUUAGGUUAUGCAAGAAAUAAACAGAGCAGGUAUCGAGGCUAGCAAUCUUGUAGAUGAGACCAAUUUCAAGUAGACUCUAGUUUUCUCAGCUACUCUUAUUCCUGAUGAUGCUAGAUCAGUUUAGAUGGUUUAAGUUCUAAAGCAACUCGGUGUCAGCCCUUCAUAACCUGAUACUCUUAGUCAAACUGCUUUGUAUUAUGCUGCCAGAGAAGGCAAAAAUCAAUUGUGUGAUUAUCUCAUUGAAAACGGCUGUAAGGUGAAUCAUAUCGAUACCUAUGGUUAGAAUCCAAUCUUCUAUGCUUGUAGAGAAGGCAAACUAGAAACAGUAAAGUCUCUCAUCGCAAAAGGCAGUGAUGCUGACCUAGUAGAUAACAACGGCUAGACCCCAAUAUUUUAUGCAAUCAAGCAUGGUAAAAUUGAAGUAGUUGAAACUCUAAUUGAAUAUGGAGCAAAGCUUGACACAAGUGAUAAAAAGGGAUUAAAUGUCAUUCAAUGGACAAAGAGAUCGAAGAAAGAUCAUAUCAUGGACCUCUUAGUAAAGAAAGGAGCUUAGCCUCCUCAAGAUCCCAAUCAAAAGAAUAAAGGCGGCAAAAGCAAAGCAGCUCCUGUCGCUCCUCCUUAACCAAGGGUUAAUGAAAAGAAAAUUCCAUUUAGGUAUCAAUUAACGCUCUUAAAGGAUGGGCAAUAUCAGCCUUUAUCUGAUGAUGAGUGGUAGGCAUUCAAACAAGAAAACCCAGAUCUUGUAAAGUACUUCGAAUCCCCAGAUGAUCCCAAUGUAUGUUAGGACCUCUAAAUUCCGGAUGUCUUAGAUAUAGCUCCUAUCUAUGACUGCUGGGAUAAGGCAGCUAAGAGAAUGAUACAGAGCUUGUGGAAACAUCAAAACUCCUGGAUUUUCUAUGAGCCAGUUGAUCCUGUCAAGCUAAACAUCCAUGACUAUUUUGAAAUCAUCAAACAGCCAAUGGACCUCUCUACGAUCAAAUAAAAGCUAUCUAACAAUUAGUAUGAUAAGAUGUAUGAGUUCCUCACAGAUGUACAACUAAUGUUUGAUAACUGCAUCCUAUAUAAUGGAGAAUCUACUCAAGUUAGUAUCCUCUGUAAAACUGUUAGAGAUGAGUUCCACAAGAUCUACAAAAAUCUAAAUAUUGAUUUCUAUAUAUGA